AUGACCAACAAGCAUAUCAAACUGGGGGUGGUGGAAGGCUCUUCUCAACUACGUCAAGCUGUAUAUGGAUUCUUCGACCACACAGGGAGGCUUCGCCAUCGCAUUGAGAGCAGACGACACACAACUACAGUGGAUCUUGGCCCUUGCUUGAAACCCGCUCUUAUCAGCCAUGAUCGGAUAGAAUACUGCUCAUGCUUCCGCGCAUUAUCACUUCGACAAGUCCGAAAAGAGUUGCGCUGCCACGUAGCAAGAAAGCUUUAUGCGCAUGCACUCUAUGGAGAAACAUAG